UGGGGCUAAGCUUAAUUUACACAAAGUUCCAGAAAAGAAAAAAAAAAAAGAAAAAAGAAAACCCUUAAUUUGUACAUUGUGUCAUAAUAAUAAUAAUAAUUUGUAUACCUAUCUAGUGAACAAAUGCCAUGUCCUCACAUCCCCUAUUCCCAUUUAAACUUUUGUAUUCUCUUGACCCUUCAAGCCCCAUCUUUUCGCUCAUCCUUCCAUACUACAAAUGAGCCAAUAUUUAAGUGGUUAAUCACAAGACAAUCCCUAUAAACAUGCACUCAAAACAUAAAUUUCAAAGGCUAGAGAAAGAGAGAGAACCUUGAAACUAACUAUUUUACCAGGAAAAGAUGCAAACGGCAGAGGAGAGAGUGCAAGCCAUUGCAUCUGUGUCGACGGACAUACCACCGGAGUUCAUUAGGCCGGAGAACGAACAACCGGGAUCCACAACACGCCACGGCCAGGUUGCCGAGGUCCCCGUUAUCGAUUUCGGGAACCUGCAAGAUGAGGAAAAGCUUGUGCAGCUCAUUAUGGAUGCUAGUUGCGAAUGGGGGAUGUUCCAAAUUGUAAACCAUGACAUACCAAGUGAUUCUAUUAGCAAAUUACAAGAAGUUGGGAAGCAGUUUUUCGAGUUACCACAAGAAGAGAAAGAAGUUUAUUCCAAGUCUCCUGGGGCUAAAAGUGUGGAAGGCUAUGGAACAAAGCUACAAAAGGAAGUAGAAGGCAAGAAAGGUUGGGUUGAUCAUUUGUUCCACAAGAUAUGGCCUCCUUCAGCCAUCAACUACCAGUUCUGGCCUAAAAAUCCACCUUCUUACAGGGAGACUAAUGAAGAGUAUGCUAAGCUCAUGCAUGUAGUGGUAGACAAGCUGCUUAGGACCUUGUCAAUAGGGUUGGGGCUUGAAGGCCAUGAGCUAAAGGAGGCAGUGGGUGGUGAUGAUUUGGUGUACAUGUUGAAGAUAAACUAUUACCCACCAUGUCCUCGUCCUGACCUGGCACUUGGGGUGGUGGCCCACACCGACAUGUCAGCCCUCACUAUUCUUGUGCCUAAUGAUGUCCAGGGCCUACAAGUCUUCAGAGAUGAUUAUUGGUAUGAUGUAAAGUACAUCCCUAAUGCUCUUAUCAUCCACAUUGGUGACCAGAUUGAGAUUCUGAGUAAUGGGAAGUACAAGGGUGUGUUCCAUAGAUCAACUGUGAACAAGGAGAAGGCAAGAAUGUCAUGGCCACUAUUCUUGGAGCCACCAUCAGAGUUUGUAGUGGGGCCACAUCCCAAGCUUGUCAAUGAAGAGAAUCCCCCAAAGUACAAGACCAAGAAGUUCACUGACUAUGUUUACUGUAAGCUUAACAAGAUUCCACAGUGAAUUUAGGAGAUGAAGCUGCAUGUGUGUGUGUGUAUAUAUAUAUAUGUUGCAACUUGCAAGCCCUCUUUAGGUCUGGGGGAUAAUGUUCUCUAUUCAUGUUCUUCUCCAAUUUGAAAAGGCAUUUUGUAUGAUUGUGUGUAUGUUGUGUGUGUGAACAAAAUUUUGUA